UCAAGCAAGUCGCACCAAUGAAGAACUGAGUGUGUGCGGUUUCACGGGAAGGGGGAGAUUUUCGGCACCACACCGGCAUUUACCCGGACGAUCAUUCUACACUACUGUCUGACCUUAUCGACUGCUCUGGCCUUGCGGCAUCGUCCCGGAAGUGGCGUCGCACAGUGGGGAAGAUGAUGAGCUUGUCUGUAACCGUGUAGAGAUUGAGUGUGUUAUAUUUCUUCUCCCCCUCUAUGUGUCUGCUCUUUCUCUCGUCAUGAUUCCCGUGCCGCUCGUGGUGUGUGUUUUGUGCGGCUGGUGCUUCGUCUAUCUGACAGACGUGCUUCUGAAGUUGUCUGAGUCAUAUGGUCAUUGUUAUGAGAUGUGGCUAGGGUCAAAGGGUCUGUCUCUCUCUCCGUUCCACAUCCGGUGGCAGACCUCCCUCUUCAACCGCCUCUUCUCACGCUGCGCUCGCAUCAACCCACAUGCCCUCUACCUCUGGUUUACCAGUGGUCUAGUGUUUGGGCUGGUGUCUAUGUGUGGUUCGGUGGUGCUGCUAAUUAGAACCCUGCAGCAGACUGUCCAUCAGAUGACAUCAGACCACCCUCAGGGAGCCAAUCAACAAACACUACAGGUGGUGGUCCCAGGUAUCAACCUGCCAGUCAGCCAGCUGGCCUACUUCUUCUCUGCUUUGCUGGUCAGUGGGGUCAUACAUGAACUGGGCCAUGCCGUGGCAGCAAUAAGGGAGCAGGUACGUGUGAAUGGUUUCGGUGUGUUUGUGUUCGUGGUGUAUCCCGGAGCUUUCGUAGAUCUCUUCACCACACACCUCAACCUCAUCUCACCUGCCCAACAGCUACGCAUCUUCUGUGCAGGGGUGUGGCAUAACUUUGUGCUGUGUGUAGCAGCAUUGUGUUUCCUCUUCCUGUUGCCUGUGUUCCUGUUUCCUGUUUACUACACUGGGGCUGGAGCCCUCGUCACCGAGGUGGUGCAGGGCUCUCCUGCAGACGGUCCUAGAGGUCUGUCAAUAGGUGACAUGGUGACCGGGCUGGAGGAUUGUGAUGUCAGAACAGUAGAGGACUGGAACUCCUGUCUCACAAUCCACACUCACACACCUCAGACUGGAUACUGUGUCCCAACACACACCCUGCAACCCAGCUGGGCCCAUGGUCGAGUCUACAGGAGGUUGGAUACUUCUAUAGAAUGCUGCAGUAACAACAGUCUGACUGAUCUUUGCUUCUCCUACACCAAACUACAGGAGAAGGAGGUGAGACACACAAACAGACACACACAUAGGGCUGACCCCAUUUAGUUGACUGGUCGAUUGUUUGGUUGACAGCCUGUUUGUCGAGCGGUCGCAAAUAUAUGUGACACCAGUUUGAGCCGUUCCCCUCUCAGUAGACAAAUCCUUUGAGGAGGCUGCAGGUAUGGUACAGUCCAAUAGGAACAGGAUUAAGACUCAGAAGGCGGGGCUCCAGAA